AUGCCCCCGAAAGAUAUCACAGGAUACAGUAGUAAUCAGAAGGCAAAAGAGGACGCAAAUCCUCUCCCACAUCUGAGUCAAUUGGCUUGUUCGCCAACUUCCAUAAUUAAUCAGUCCCAGAACCAGAGCCAAACCAGGCCACCGAGCUAUUCUGAUGCAGGACGUCAACACUUUAACGACUACCCGUCGCUCAACAACAUGAUAACCCCCAGUUCUGGCUCUUCUCACUCAGGUAACUAUCACCAGCAGAGCACCGUGGGAAGCCUACCGGCCUCUAACCUUGCCAGUAACAUGGGUUCAGGCAUGCCUCACUCUUCUUAUUUUACACACCCUUCAAUGUCAGCAAGCCAGGUCAGUGGGCAGCAGCGUAUACCCGUGGGAUCAUCAUACCACCAGCAGGCACCAGUGCCCUCGCGCGAUGAUCAGCGGCACACCGUAUCAGUCAAGCAUACUCCCGUUUUAUCUACACCAAGUUUUGCCCAUACUCAGCAGCCUGGAAGACCCGCCCAUAUGCAAUCCGCACCAACUGGCACAGUACCUGUUCAGCAGCACUCUCAGCACGAUAGCUAUCAGGACCCGAGAACACUACCUCAACGGCAGCAGAGUCAGAUUCCAUAUUCUGCGUAUCAACAUCACUCUUCCUCGCCAUAUUCUCAGGUGCCAGGGUCUCUACCGUUCGUCCAGAGCAAAUCGGAGUCGCAGCCGAUGGGCUCGCGCUCCUCCAGCACACCACUGGUUACUGGCAUGCCAGUUAUGCAUUCCUCCUCGGCACCAAACGUGCAGCCCGCAGUAGUGCCACGCUCGCCGCGAACUCAAGAUACCAGUUUGCCGCCUCCGCGGUUUGUGCCGACCUACGACAGUGAAACAAUAGCACAAAGGGUAACCGGAUAUUAUUCAAAGCAAUCGUCUGAUUUCGCUAGCCUCAUCAAACUAAUUCAGGAUUCCUCAGCAGAGUACUCAUGCAUAUUCAGUGACUCAUUAGUGGCAGACCUUAUUGGCGCAUCCUCCUUAAGCUCUCCCUCGCAAGGACACUUACGGGCUAUUGGUCUUACACUUCAGCACAUGCUCACUUGCGUUCUCGAAAAGGCCCAUGAGCUCUCGGUUACAACAAAUCCCGAAGGCUCUUCCAUCUUGACAGAUGCUGAUGUGAAAAACGCACUUACUAUCCUCGGAUUUACUUCGCUUGUAAAUUAA